AUGGGCAUUAGAUGCAAAGUUAAUUGAGAUAUUUCCCAUAAAGUACUUAUGCAAGCUUAUGAUGAGUUUAAUUUAUUUUCCGUUAGAUUUUAUUAAAUUAAAUAUAAAAAUCGUCAGUGCAUAAAGCUAUAUUAGCUACAAGUCAGAAUACCAUAAUACCACAGAAAAAAAAAUUUUGCUACUACGAAUAUUCUCAGCUUGGGACAUGCAAUAAAAGGAAGUUCGCAAAAGCCAAUAGUGGCGAAUGAAAUGAUAGAAAAUAUUACUUUGCUAUCUUCUUCAACUUCAUAAAUACUUACUCCAUCUCUUGGCAGGAGAUAAAAUACUAGAAGAAUUCCUAUUUUUGAUGUAAUUAACCUCUUCUUUGACAAGAAAAAUUUUUUAAUAUAAAUUUUUAGGUAUAAACUAUAUUUUAAUAUAUUAUAAUAAUGAAGUCCCCAAGAAACAAGCAAAUAUAUUAAUUUAAACUAACAUUAAAUUUAUAAAUCUUUAAAUAAUUCAAUAAAAUUUUCGAUGUAAUAAUGGAAAAAAUUUUCACGUAUAAUUUUAAUAAAAAUUUCGUAAAAUGCCCCAAUAGCAUGGAAAAAAAUCUAAUAGUAGUUAUGUGGGAAUUUAUAAACUUCCAUAUGAAGCAAUUAUACUCCGAAAAUAA